CGCUGGCCCGUCGGCGAGCGACCGCGAUGUCUGCGCGCUCCGCGUUCAUCUAGAGCUGUCUUUUCGGUCCCCACGUGGGCAGGCCGGUGAUGGCGGCGUUGGUUGCAUCCGAGGCGGCGGAGCCGGGCGCCCGAAACGGCCCUGGCAGAGGUCGAGCCCCGCGGGGCCGCUUGGCCAAUCAGAUCCCCCCUGAGAUCCUGAACAACGCCCAGCUGCAGGCAGCCAUUCAAGUCCUGCCUUCCAACUAUAACUUUGAGAUCCCCAAGACCAUCUGGAGGAUCCAGCAGGCCCAGGCCAAGAAAGUGGCCUUGCAAAUGCCUGAAGGCCUCCUCCUCUUUGCCUGCACCAUUGUGGAUAUCUUGGAAAGGUUCACAGAGGCUGAAGUGAUGGUGAUGGGUGAUGUGACCUAUGGGGCUUGCUGUGUGGACGACUUUACUGCAAGGGCCCUGGGAGCCGACUUCCUGGUGCACUAUGGACACAGCUGCCUGGUUCCCAUGGACACCUCUGCCCAAGACUUUCGGGUGCUGUAUGUCUUUGUGGACAUUCGGAUAGACACUACCCACCUGCUGGACUCUAUCCGCCUUACCUUUCCGCCAGCCAGUGCCCUUGCCCUGGUCAGCACCAUACAGUUUGUAUCAACCUUACAGGCAGUUGCCCAGGAGCUGAAAGCUGAGUAUCGUGUGAGUGUCCCACAGUGCAAGCCCCUGUCCCCUGGAGAGAUUCUGGGCUGCACAUCCCCCUACCUGCCCAAAGAGGCGGAAGCUGUUGUAUAUCUUGGAGACGGCCGCUUCCAUCUGGAGUCUGUCAUGAUUGCCAACCCCAACGUCCCUGCUUACCGAUAUGACCCAUACAGCAAAGUCCUAUCCAGAGAACACUAUGACCAUCAGCGAAUGCAGACUAACCGCCAAGAAGCCAUAGCCACUGCCCGUUCAGCUAAAUCUUGGGGCCUUAUCCUGGGCACUUUGGGCCGCCAGGGCAGCCCCAAGAUUCUGGAGCACCUGGAAUCUAGGCUCCAAGCCUUGGGACUUCCCUUCGUGAGGCUGCUGCUCUCAGAGAUCUUCCCCAGCAAGCUUAGCCUGCUUCCUCAGGUAGAUGUAUGGGUACAGGUGGCAUGCCCACGCCUCUCCAUUGACUGGGGCACAGCCUUCCCCAAGCCGCUGUUGACACCCUACGAGGCGGCGGUGGCCCUGAGAGACAUUUCCUGGCAGCAGCCCUACCCCAUGGACUUUUAUGCCGGCAGCUCGCUGGGCCCAUGGACAGUGAACCACGGACGGGACCGGCCCUCCCAGGCACCCCGCCGGCCUGAGCUGGGGAAGGUGCAGGAGGGGCCUACGCGCCCUUCUCCAGACGCGAUGUGCGAGGGUUGCAGCUGCAGAGAUGAGAAGGUGGUGCCACUAGCUCCAUGAGACGCUCCUGGGUCUCAGGGCCCUGCCCUCCGGAGGAGCAGCCUCGAGGCUGGUGGUUUUCAGAACAGGAGACAGACGAUUUCUUCGCACUAAAGGAGCCCACGGUGUGCAGAGGUCUGGAGGAAG